AUGAUUGAUUCUUCGCGAGCUUUCGGUCUGCUCAAGCUCCUUGCGGCGCUGGCAGUCUUUGGAUGGAGUCUCUCGUUCCUUGGCUAUUCUGCAGACUACGAGCAGGUUCUACGACAGUUCAAAGGCGAGAAAGCGCUGUUCGUAGAGGAUUAUCUAAGCAAUGAGUUUGGUGGUAUGUUCGAUGGCAGCGCGAUGUCAGCGCACUGCGCCAGUAGAAACUGGACGAAAGGGCUUCUGUUCCACUGUGAGCCUCCCGCUGGAGGUAUUGGCCAGGUCAGAAAUGCCCAACUGAAUUGCAUACGAUUCGCAAUGGAAGCUGGAGCUGAACUGAUAGUCCCUGAAAUCAUUCGUCGGAGCGAUGUAGACAUCUCGGUGAUAAUCCCGCAGUCGAAAGGUACCUCGCGGGGGUCUCCUCUGGAUUACUACUUUGAUAAGGAGUACUUCAACUGGACCAUGUCGACCGCCUGUCCUCAAAUGAAGCUGCAUUGGUCUAUAAACGACUUCUGGAACGUCCCGAUGGGAAACCCUAUCGUGAUGUCCAUAAACGAGCUUGGCCUGACACUGGUCAAUGGAACAAUCAUUGAGAAUCCCAAGCAGUUCUCCACAUCCUUUGACUCGUUCUUCGAGACGAGGACCAAUCCCAAAACCCGGACGUGGCCCUUCAGAGUCAUUGUUUCUCAGAACCCGUAUGCGUGGCCUACCGCGUACGAUCCUCCCGCGUUUGUCCGAAGUUUUGGUCGUCUGCUACGGUAUCGUGUAGAUGCGAGGCAGCUCGCCGCAUCCGCCAUGCAUACAUUGCAUAGACAAUGGAUCAAACCACAAUCCAACCUGAAGGCCAAGGCAGCCGGUCACCACGGGUACGUAGGUGUCCACUUGAGGACAGAGAAGGAUGUCCAGGGCACACACUACCCACAGUACGAAGUGCAGGCCGCGUACUACCUGGAAUAUAUCGUGCGCUCGCCGUUUCGCAUUGCGUACUUGGCAUCAGGGACGACCGCCGAGCAUAUCAGGGCAUUCACCGCGCGGGCGCAAGAGUUCAACAUCACCGUGCUUACCAAGAAGGACCUUCUGGAUCCUGAAGAGUUGCAAUAUCUGAAAGGCCUGUCAUGGGAUCAGCAAGCCAUAGUCGAUUUCGACAUGAUGCUUCGGGCAAACCUGAUGGCUGGAAUCAGUGAGAGCAACUUCGCGUGGACCGUCGCGCUCAAGAGAGCUGCCUCUGGGGGGGCCAUCGGAGGCUACCAGCCUGUGCCUAGAGAAGAGUAUAUCAGAUGGCAAGACGACUUCUCCACUCUUUACGGCCACCCGGGGUCACAGUUGGAAAUGCAGUACAGCAUCUGGCCUUGA